UCCCCUCUGUAAGAUUUUUUGUUAUUAUUUUUAUCCCCUCCUGAACAUUAUCUCCUAAACGACGAAACGAUAUAAACGAGGCAACAAAAUGAGCAAAGAUUCAUGAAAUUUUACCACUUGUCGUAAUUGGUUUAAACUGGCAACUGCACUCUAAAUAACUUAACGAAAGAUUUGACCAGAUGAGAAUGCAUUGAUCAGUUUUACAUUUUGAUUUUUUGUACCGACUGAAUGUCUUUAUCACCGAAUGUUUCACCGUUCGUCCCUCAAAAACUUUCAAAACCUUCAACUACCACAACGUACCAAUCACUGGCACCAGGAACAUUGUCUGUCGAUGUUGCUGAAUUUGUUCCCAGUUGGUUAAACAAGGUUUCUUCAGAUGAAACAUUUUACAAUAGUUCCGUAGAGAUUACCUCCAAAUCUGUACAAGAAAAACCAAGAACGGAGAUUAAAGAAACGGAAAACAGAGAAGAACAAAAAGUGUGAAAUCUGACAAAAACAGAGAUGGACGCUCAAGGACAUCAACAAUGCCUGAAACUCCUCCAAGUUUGAGCAAAAAAAUCAUCAAAGCAGACAAUAACUUUUACAGGGAUUUCAAAUCAUCUGCUAGCAAUCAAAAGGAUUUCCCUAUCAAAGACAAUUUAGGUGUGUGGGCUGAAGUAAGCACUUUAAGUGAUCAAUACUAUGUUACAGAUUCAGAUUUUCCAGUCUUGGAGAAAGGAUCAAAUGAAAACGCUCAGUUGAACACUUCAUCCAAUCAAAACUUUUUCUCCAAAUAAGUCGUUUGUUGCACAUAGUGGCCAACAACACAAGCAUUUCAAUUUAAUUGGUACGGAACAAAGCAUUUCAUCUGGAAAUGUUAAAUUUAAAAGUCAUUGUAGCAAAAGAAAUGAUUUUGAAAAAAAUGGUUCGCAGUUCGUCAGUCAUAAUGCUAAUACAAAAACCGGAGAACAGGACACAGACAACGAGUUUUCAUUAAAACACGAUACUUCUUCAAGGGGAGGCAAAAAAGAAAGAAUUUCAAGAAAAAAUAUCAAUAAAAAUGAAGAGAUGGCAUCUGGCAUUCACAAUAAUAAUGCGAAUAAAAGAAAUUCUUUUCAUCGUGAUGUUUUUCAACCUGUAAAAGCGUCGCCACCUUCCUAUAGUGACAUCUUGAAAAACACAAACACAACUCAGGUAAAAGAACCGGAAGCAAGGAAGAAAAUCGAAAGAGGAUUGCUACGAAUACCUAGCAGCGUGAGUGAUGAGAACAAGGAAAAUAACGAUGAAGAAGUUGAAGAGAAGUCCGUUACGACUAAGAAGAAGAAAAACAAAAAAAAAUCAACAGUUGAAACACAACCUCAACGUGUUAAAAAAUCCAAGGAAGCGCUGACUCUUGACUUUGCUGACGUCGUCGAGAAGAUGUUGGAAUCCUCAAAGACCGAUAAGAAAACAGUUAUUCGUACGGGAGGAAUUCUUCCUGCUCAAGCACCGAUUCCGCCAAAAGAAAUACGAAAUUCAAAGAAAAAUGUAAUUUAUUUCAUGCAUAAAUUACUGUAUGUUGGAUGGUGAACACGACUAAGAAAGAUUCCUAACAUAUAAUGAUAGAUUUUGUUAACUGCGUUAAUACUGUAAGUGGCUAUAUUAUUGUUUAAGUCAUUGGUGUAGCCAGCAUGAUUUUUUACUCCCACUAUGCAAAUAUUUUUGUGUUCACUGGCAAUGAAAACAAUAGAUCUCUAAAGAAAUAAGUGACGAUAAUCUUUCAGAAUUAAAAUAGGGAGUAAAUAUUCACGCUGGCCAUGCCACUGGCUGAAAUGGUUUGUACCUUGCAUUAAGGAACUCUUGAAGCUGUUCUCUGAGUGAUGAAUAGCUAUGGACAUGUGCUUUGGGAACAAUGAAUUGUACAUUUAAUGUAAAUCACUCUAAACUAUAUAUUACUAUCUUAGGCCUGAGGUGUUUAAUAUAAUAUUCUGAGCUUGAGUUCUUUUCAAUUAAAAAGUAUUAUGGGUUCAUA